AUGCCACGUAUUGCGACUUUCGAGUUUCCCAGCGAGAACCCCAGAAGUGACGACAACUGCGGCUAUAUUAUUCACAGCUCCUUCCCGAUUCCGAAUCUUUUAUGGGUACCUCCUGUCGCUCCAACGCGAUUGACCUGUCUUCAGUCUUCAUCAUUCGCUGAUUGGAAUGAUAAACGAACAAGAACCGAACAGAAGCUGCACGCCGGAAACAUGGUCGAUUUGUAUGCAGAAUUGCAGCUAGCUCCAGAGAAUCAGAUCAGACUCCUGAGAAUCCUCCCACCAGACGAAUCACAGUAUCUCGCGUGUGAGCUUGAAGUUGUCGAUCUUCAGCCCAAGCCAGAAUAUGUCGCACUCUCGUACACCUGGGGCUCCCCUACUGCACUCCCCGAUCAAGAAGCAGAAGCUUCAUCAAGCAAGCCAAGCCUUCCGUUGCUCUGCCAAGCGAAGCCUGGAUCUGCAGAUCAACUUCCUUCGACCAAGCACCAAAUCCUGAUUACAAAAAACCUUCAGGCUUUCCUGAAAAGGGCGCGCGACAAUGAUUCACAUGUUUCGAAAUUAUAUUGGAUAGAUGCCAUCUGCAUUAACCAAAAUGAUCCCUUGGAGCGGAGUCGUCAGGUACACAUCAUGGGCACAAUUUAUCGAUCUGCUGCAAUUGUGUAUGCCUGGUUGGGCGAAGAACAUGACAAUGCCGGUAUUGCCUUUGAGCUGAUAACGGCUUUGGUGAGCCACUCUACAGCCACUGAGCGGGGCAAAAGGAUUGAAGGGCUUAUGCACAUUACCCCCAGGUCUUUGGAUAGACCAGGUUUGACUGAGGAACUUGGGAUAUGCGCAGACGGCAACGCCUGGAAAUCACUGGCCAAGCUCUUCCAACGGCGAUACCUCACUCGUGCAUGGAUUAUCCAAGAGAUCACACUCGCCAACACGAUGAUUGCUCUAUGCGGAAGCCAUGCCGUGGGCUGGUUGGCUAUCACGAUAGUGUCAGAGUUCCUUGCUCUGAGUUCUUGGUCUAGAUGGAUCUCCAGCCUUCCGGGGUCACACCCAUCGAGCCAUGGUGUUCCAAACAUCCUUGACGCCAACAGAUAUACACCUAGCCUGCUUUACUCUCUCAUCAGGUUCCGCCGCUUUACGUGUGAAGAUCCUCGAGACAAAGUCUAUUCGCUCCUUAGCAUCACAGGAGAGUCGACUUUGAAGAAAAACCGCCUACUUCCUGUCUAUGGCGAGAGAUCGGUUGCGGAGACGUACACGUUGGCUGCGAUCCAGAUACUGGAGGAUUCUAAGGAUUUGCUCCUGCUCUCUUGCGCCGAAGGCGACAACUUCCAGAAGAUUCCCUCUUUGCCCUCGUGGGCUCCUGAUUGGAGUCGUGCUCGAACGAUCGGACUGGGUGUGACCGGUUACGAGAGGUUCAAAGCUGCAGGCACCCUCUCCAGGACCCUGCAUAUCGAUGAGUGGAACCGUCGUUUGACCAUCAAAGGAUUUCGACUAGACGAUAUCGUGUUCAUCGGUGAGACCAAAGAGAGCAUCCUCGAUAACAAACCAUUUCCUUUGUUGCUUCAGAUCCUGGAAGAGAUGCCUCAUAUAUAUCACACAGGGCAGUCUCGAGCGGAGGUUAUGUGGCGAACACUGAUCACGGAUACGGCAGGGGCCCCUCCCAGCUGUCCUGCUCCGGAUAGCUACCGUUCUGCAUACGUCUCCUGGAUAAAUUCCAAACUCUUGGCUUGCAUCCAAGACAAGCUUCAAAGCAUUCAAGAUCCAGCUUUCAUCAAGUCCAUCGUGAGGCUUGUGGCAGCUGAGAUCUCCGGUUACCCAGUGUCUUUCAAUUCAACAUCGGCUUCGCACAGCACGGCUUUGCCAGAGACACAGAAAGACCCUAUCAACUCCGACGAGUUUGAAACAACUUUCUCGCAUGCUCGUCAUCUUCGAAUCUUCUUGACUGGCAGACGGUAUCUUGGAGUAGGGCCUGAGGGUCUCCUCGAACAUGAUUCAGUAUGGAUUGUUCCUGGAUCGCGCGUGCCUCUGGUUCUUCGCGAGGUCGAUUUCCAUACGUUCCAGGUUGUUGGGGGCGCCUAUGUUCACGGCUUUAUGCAAGGUGAAGCCCUCGAUUCUGGUCCAUAUUUCAGAGAUAUCACGCUAGUGUGA